GUUUAAAAAUGAAUUGUCACAUUGGGUUGACCCCUUACUCAGGUAAACCACGUUGUACAUGGUGCAUAGGCGUAACAGCCUUUACCAAAAACAACAGUCUGUUGUUAACACUGGGCUAACCGCUUAGUAUAGUUAAACUGAGUUGAACAGGCGUAUAGGCGUAUUGGCGUAAUUCUUGCGGUCGGAAUAUCACGUGACCAUUACGUAAUUUCAAUAGGGAAAAUGCUACUAUUAUGGAUGAGGGAAAACAAAGUCGCUCUUUUACUUCUAAAAGCUGGCGAGGAAGGUUGUUUUGUAAAGAAUGUCUUAUGAAUAUGCAGAAUCGCUAGAUAAAGAAGCUGCUAAACGAUAUAAGAAGAAUUUAUAUAUAAUCGGUGUGUUUCUACGAAUUUUUUUGUUGAUUUUAAAGAAUUACAACAAAGAUAUUAUGGCUGUUAGCUUAGCACAACUGUAAACUUGUGGUCUUUAUCUGUCAUAUUUAGGACUUAAUCAGUGCCCAUACAAAUUACCUGCUGAUCAGUGGAGAGACAAUAUUAAAGAGUGGCCACCUCUCCAAUACCAUGAUCUUUAUCACUACCUAAUAAAAUCUCCACGUAUGUAUUUUUUACUAUAGCUAGAGAAGAGCUAUUACCUGCUGACAAUAUAUUUUUUACUUUAUAAAGCUUAAACUAACUUUUUGUUAUUUUUUUGGUCAAUUUUAGGUGUUUUCAGUCCAGAGGCGAUGGAGAACUACAAAUCUUUGGAAGCUCAUAAAUUUUUUGUCUCUGGAUGGGUACAGACAUUGUUUCAUAUGUGGUUGAAGCCUGGAUACUUCUUAGCUAAAUGUGAAGUUAAGCCAUCGUAUAGAACGAAUGACAAACCCCAUCAACCUUGGGUUGCUCUGAAUCAAUCAGGAUCUGUGUUAGCAGCCCAUUGUUCAUGCAUGGCAGGGCUUGGGGAAACAUGCUCACAUGUAGCUGCAACACUUUAUAAGAUAGAAGCAGCUGUGCGUCUUGGUCUAACAACCCAGACCCCAACUGACGUGCCAUGCCAAUGGAAUCAGAAUUUUACAAAAGAUGUUAAUCCUUCUCCAGUUGCUUCCAUUCAAAUGUAUUCACCCAAAUUCAAGGCACCAUAUCGACAAAAAGAAUUGCCACGAAAUCCGACUGAAUUGGAAAAAAAAGACUUCCUAAAUGCAUUAAAAGAUGCUGAUAAAUACGCUAUAGGUUAAUCUUUAUUCAGUGACUUUCAGGAGCCUUUCAUUCAACAGGAUAGUGAUGUUGUCGAUGCUUCUAAAUUACCAAGACAAUUUGAGAGCUAUUUGACCCAAAACUUGCCUUAAUGGACAACAUUGCAUUGAAUGAGCACUGUAAAAAGGUAUUUUCGUCAUUGAAUAUAACAGUUGAAGAAAUGGAAUAUGUCGAGCAGGUUACGAGAAAUCAAUCUGCCAGCAUAAUUUGGCACGAACAAAGAACAGGUCGAAUCACUGGUUCGAUAAUUCACAAAGUUAGAUGCACCAGUUUGGAUUGCCCAUCGAAAUCCUUAUACUUAGCAUUACCAAUCCUGGUUAUAAUGUAAUUAAUACUCCGCCACUAAUGUGGGGUAGAAAGAAGGAAAAGGAAGCUUUAGCUGACUAUACGAACAUAUCUUGUGAUGAGGAUUACUUUUGUUCUUCGCUGUGCAUUAACCCCAUAGUUGUAACGAAUUCGACUGACAUUGGUUUAGUUUUGAAAGCUACGGAUCACUUUUUUGGGGUUUCCCCAGAUGCUGUCAUAAAUUGCUCAUGCUGUGGCCUAGGAGUUGUAGAAAUUAAAUGCCCCUAUUCACUUCGCGAAACAGGAUUACAAAAGGAAAUAGUUAGCAAUAAAUUUUAUAUAAAGAAAUCCAGUUAUGGAACCCUCAGUUUGGAUAACAACUAUCAGUACUACAGUCAAGUACAACACAAAAUGUAUGUAUGUGGGGUAAGCCAUUGUGACUUUGUGGUUUGGACACCUAUCGAAUUUGUAAUUCUGAGAAUUUACGUGGAUCAAAUGUUUAUUGCGGAGAUGGUAAAAAAAUGUUCUGAGUUUUGGAUGAAGUGCAUACUGCCGGAACUGUUUACUCGAAAACUAGAAAAUAAUAAUGAGAAUGAUGUUGCUACAACAUCAAAAAUCAUUAAGCACUACUGUAUUUGUAAUCCACCGUUGGAUGGAGAUAUGGUUGGAUGUGAUCAUUGUGACCGCUGGUAUCACAUUCAGUGCAUCAACUUAAAAAAAAUACCAAGGUCAAAGGUUUGGUACUGCAAAGAUUGCAAAAAGAAAAAGACAACUCAGUGA